AUGAUCGUCACCCCUCUCACUGAAAAACUCGGUCUGCGUGUGCCCCUUGUCCAGGGUGGUAUGCAGUGGGUCGGAACUCCUGCUCUCGCUGCUGCCGUCAGCAAUGCUGGUGCUCUCGGUACUCUUACGGCCUUGACCCAGCCUUCGCCCGAAGCCUUGCGUGAGGCUAUUCGCAAGACCAACUCGCUCAUCUCUGACGACAUUAAGAAAGAGCGUGAAAGCCACUACGGUUCGUUUGCUGUCAACAUCACGCUUCUGCCCUCGAUCAACCCUCCCGACUACGUUGGCUACGCCAAGGCGGCUCUUGAAGAAGGGGUUCGCAUUUUUGAGACCGCUGGUAACAACCCGGGAGAGGUGAUCAAGGUCGUCAAGGAGGCAGGCGCUUUUGUGAUCCACAAGUGCACUGCUGUGCGUCAUGCACGUAGCGCCGAGCGUUUGGGUGCCGACAUGCUCUCCAUCGACGGUUUCGAGUGUGCCGGCCACCCUGGUGAAGAUGACAUUGGCGGCCUCGUGCUCAUGGCUCGCGCUGCGGAGGAGCUCAAGAUCCCUUUCAUUGCCUCGGGUGGUAUCGCCAACGGUCAAGGCCUCGCCUCGGCUCUGGCGCUCGGUGCUGCCGGUGCCAACAUGGGAACGCGCUUCAUGUGCACCAAGGAAUCCGAGAUUCAUGACAACAUCAAGCGUGCCAUCGUCGAGUCGGACGAGCGCAACACCGUCCACAUCUUCCGAACCCUGCGCAACACAGCGCGUGUCUUCAAGAACAAAGUCUCGAUGGAAGUGGUUCGCCUGGAAAACCGUCCGGAGGGUGCGAAAUUCGAGGAAGUUCGAGACCUCGUCUCGGGUGCGCGCGGCAAAACGGUCUACGAGACGGGCGAUCGCGACGCUGGUAUCUGGUCUGCCGGUAUCACUGUUGGCCUGAUCCACGAUAUUCCGACGUGCAAGCAACUGUGCGCAAACAUGGAACGCGAUGCCGAACAUCACAUCAACAGGCUCAGUGCGCUCGUCGCUCAAAAGCACAGCAGCACCGCUGGUCGUCCUUCCAAGCUCUAG